AUGUCCCCCUCCCCCGUGUCCCUCGAAUUUCCAGCUCCUGUCACCCUACAUUCCGAUGGCGCACUGUCCCACGAGACCGUUGCCUUGACGCCCCUAAGAUCGACAGAGCCGUUGACCUCACACCGUUUGAAUCCACCUUCCCAUCGUCGGGCAAAUACCGAACACUUUGCACCUCGCUUUCACGACCUCGGAGACACAAUAUCAGAGUACCCGAAGAAUACCCGAACGGAGACCUCCCCGAAAAACAAGCUUGAAGCAAGAGCUCGAGUCCUCUCAGAUUGGUUCCAAGGCAAAUCGGACCCAGUGGAUUUGGGACUGAAAAUGGCGCCUCAAGCUUCAGAGGGAUCGGGAACCGACACACGACCACCUUUCGUCUCACAUACACGUCAACAUUCAACGCCCGUGACAAAUCGGUUCUCGUUCUUCGGCCUCCGUCGCCAACCCAGCAAGCCCAACUUCCCAGAACCGGCUGAAGACGAGUUCCUCAAUCUUGACAUCACCGCUGCUCUAUCAUUACCUGACUCCGACUCCGAAGACGAGGCACUGGAUGCCUUGCGGGACCAUGCCGAUAAGGUGCUACGGCGUAUGCAAGAUGCCUAUAAGCAGCGGACCUUCGCCAUGCACCAAGCGAUGGCCGACAAAAACGAAAAGCAAGAAGAGCUUGAAGAAACCCGCUCGCGGGUUGAUCACCUAAAGAUGCAGCUGGACGGCAUGGCAGCCAAGGUGCUGGACCAGGAGAAAGCCAUGCAGGCCAUGGCCGAGGAGUUGGAGCAGGAGAAACGUCUGCGGGACGAAGAGGCGCGAAGUCGCAGCCGCACAGUGCGCUCAGUACCCGCAGACGAUGAUGUACCUUCCAUGGCUCUCCAAACACCUCGGCGUGGCAGCAAACGUACUAGCCACAGUACCUUUACUAGUGACUCGGGCUUUGAGUCCGGAGAUGAGAGUAUUGCUGAUAGUGUGUUCUCUCACCGCGAGGGUAUCGAGUCCCCCACCUCUACUCUCGCGGCUCCCUCUCCCAACAUGUCGCAGAUCGCUUUGUCUACGCCGACUGGCCCAACACCAACACCUACUAUCCAGAAGAACCUGGUUGCGGUGACUAAUGGGCCGGCACCUGCACGGUCAUCUGCGUAUGAUCGGGUUCUCAAAGGUCUUGCUUCGACGCGUUUGGGAAGCUCUUUCGGUGGUGGCAACGCGUCGAACUGCAACAACUGCUAUGGUGUUCCAGCUUCCGAGGCCUGGAGUGUGAUGGGGGUUUUGAAAGAAGAGAACCGGGGUCUCAAGUUUAGAAUUGGCGAGCUCGAAGUCGUGAUUGAUGAUUGCUUGGGCAUGGUUGGCCCUUGA